UCGAGUGCAAGCAUGGAAUCGUCAAGAGAGUCGAGUGAUGAUAUGAAUAGGACUAAUAGUAAUAGCAAUACUACUUGUAGUAAAACUAAAAGCAUUUCUUUCGAUGUGUUUGAAAACUGUUUGGCAAAACUUAUUAACUUUUAUUGCUAUGACGACUGUAAAAGUUAUAUUGUUGUUCAGCCAAAUGCCAGUGAACUGGACGUGAAAUAUAUAGAUAAUCAAAUAUCGUAUCAAGAUUUCGUAGUUCAGUUUUUGAUUCCAAACUUACCUUGUAAGUUUGCAUCUCAUUUCACAGAGUCAUGGAGAAGUAGAAAAGAAUGGGUGAAUUCCGAAAUGAAACCAAAUUUUUCUUUUCUUAAAGAACAUUUUGGAAUGGCAACUGUUCCUGUUGCAGACUGUAGCCAAAAGGUGUACAAUUCACAACAUAAACAAGAAAUGUAUCUUAAAAGCUACAUAAACUACCUGGAGACAGUGAAGGAAAAUGAUUGGGAUUUCACCAGUAAGCCCUGUUUAUAUCUAAAAGACUGGCACUUUGUCAGAGAUUUUCCAGGCUACUCAGCAUACACUACACCCAUCUUCUUUACAUCUGAUUGGUUAAAUGAAUACUGGAAAAAACGGACAGAUGAGUGUGAUGAUUAUCAGUUUGUUUAUUUGGGCCCAAAAGGAUCAUGGUAUACAAUGGAAAUGCUCUCUAUCAAUCUUGAUUCAUUGUUUUCAUUUGAAUGUGAUGUCUUUGGAUCAUACAGUUGGUCAGCAAAUGUGUGUGGAAAAAAAAAAUGGCUACUCUUUCCACCAGGGGAUGAAGAAAAUCUGGUUGACUGGAAAGGAGAGAUGGCGUAUGAUAUUUCCUCUCCGUUGCUUAAGGAUAAAAAUUGCUAUCCAAAAGCUUCUAAGCUUCAAAGAAUAGGAAUAGAAAUUAUUCAAGAGGCAGGAGAAGUUGUGUUUGUACCAAGUGGUUGGUUUCACCAGGUGUGGAACUUGGAAGACACAAUUUCAAUCAAUCACAACUGGAUGAAUGGAUUUAACCUUCAUUUAAUUUGGAAAAACCUCUUCCAGGCUUUAAACAGUGUAGAAAAAGAAAUCUCUGACUGUAAAGAUAUGGAAGGAUGGUCUGAUCAUUGUCAGGUGGUUUUGAAAGCUCACCAUGGUAUGAACUUCAAAGAGUUUGUAGAAAUGCUGGAUUGUGUUGGACAACGAGCAGCAGCCGAUGUUGAAAACUUUAGUCAAAUUAAAGAAGCCCCAAGUCUUCAUCACUACCCUUGGCAUUCAGUGUUGGAUCUGGUUUUGGUUGUUCAGGGAUUGAAGCUAGUGUUGAAACACCCAAAAAUCUCAUCAGACCUCUUUAGGACAACAAGUGAAUUACUCCUUCAGCUUCAAUCCACAAUUCAGAAAGUGGAACAUGAAUCUUCAAGUAAACUUCUUAAAAAAUUGAUAUAAUUUAAGAUUCAGCAGAAAAUUUGUUUUGAAAUGUGAUAUUUUUUUUUAUUUAAAAAACAAAGGACAACAGAUUCAACUGAAACAUGGGCUACAAAAAACAACCUAAAGGACAAGGAUUCAACCUAAACAUAGGCUACAAAAAACAUCCUAAAGGACAAGGAUUCAACCUAAACAUAGGCUACAAAAAACAUCCUAAAGGACAAGGAUUCAACCUAAACAUAGGCUACAAAAAACAUCCUAAAGGACAAUGAAUUCAACCUAAACAUAGGCUACAAAAACAACCUAAAGGACAACAGAUUCAAUCUAAACAUAGGGUACAAAAAAACUACCUAAAGGACAACUUAUUUUACACAAAACAUUUACUGCAAGUAAAUAAAUUAUUCAUUAAGAUCCAAGAAAACUGUAAUUUUGUAGCCAAAAUAAAAAGUAAAUGAAGAAAAUGCUAUACUAUUUUCUGUUUACAUAGUUUGUUUAUCAUAAAAUAUACACGUUUGUUGUCCUUUUCCAAAAUUUAAAAUGCAAAUGUUUUGCUUUAUCCUGAAUAUUAUGCACGUCUGGAAGAGAUCUACAAAAUUCCCUUCAACAGCUUUGCCUACGUUUGAUUCUAGACACACAAGUUUUUCCAGAAAAUUUCUAAAUUUUCAAUAUCUCAAAUCUUUAUCCAGCAAAAAAAAGCUAUUGCUGCAAGUAUUCUUUUAUGUAGCUGUAAUGAUGCGAAAAGGAAAACUCAUCCUGCACACUUUUGCUAAGUUUGAUUGUCUAAAAUGUAAAAUUGCUUUAAAAUGCUCUUCAAAUUAACUUGUUUUACAUCAUUAGUUGCUGUUAUUUGGGAAGCACUCCAUAAAAGUAAUAAGCACACAAGGUGCAGUAGCAACUGCUGGACUGAGCACUUGCAAUGUGAGGACCUAGUGACAACAGUCUGUGGAUUCUACAAACUUAUUAGUGAGGGUAAAGAAAAAAAAUGUAUAACCAAUCUUUUAUCUAAUAUAGCCAGUGCCGAAGAGGCUUUUUGACCAAUACCAUGGCUCACAAGACCAGCUGGUAUACAACAAGCGUACUUGUGGUUGAGACACUGUUUACAUUAACAAAUUGUAUGAACAACAACUGUUAUGGUGUAAACUAGAUUAAGUUGGUGAGGUGUAAUUUUUAUCAACUUCCUUAGACAAAUUGUAUGAACAACAACUGUUAUGGUGU